AACAUCUGAUUAAUAAUUUUACCGCCAUUAGCUGUAUAUUGUUUAAAACUAAAAUAAUGUAGAGUUCCAAUUAAGAAAAAUGUCUGAAGUUUUAUUACAAAAGUUAGUAAAUAACGAAAUUAAUUUUUAUAAUUUUAAACAAUGGAUCUUGUCGCAGGACCAACAAUGCAAUUUUAACUGUUCCCAAAAUGAGUUUUUAACGUAUUUUUUAAAUUUUGUACAUGAGGAUAUUAGCAUUCACAAUAAAUCUGGAACCAUUUCUCAAACAUGUACACCCAGAAAGAUAAAACCUACUACAAACGAGCAAAAAACGUUAGGGCAACAAAUCAGUUUAAUAGAAAAAUCAUCAACUAUUCCUGGUUCGUCUGUAAAGUCACUUGACAAAAGUUUCGGAGAUCUUUUAUGUAACUCAAAUAUAAGCACUCCAAAAUGUACCAAAAUCAAUUCAGACUCACGUUUAAAUUUAAGUUACUAUAGUCCGGUAUCUCCACUUUAUAGUGAACAAAAUUUUAAUAAUUCAAAGGGUAAAAAACAUACUGUUUGUCUUGGAGAUUUUGUUAUUACAAAUGUAAUGAAACCUGCAAAGAGGAAACCCUCUCUGAAAAAAGUAAAUGAUGAUUUCAACAAGAGGAUUACUCCAACAAGCCUUAAUAACAUACAUACUAAUGAAGCUUUUAAAUCGUCCAAUAGUUUUAAUAAUUUUAAUACAAAAGAAGUUGUUUGUGAUAAUGUAAAUACAUCUAGAAUGAAUUUAGCUAAGGAACGAUUAAAGUUUUUAACAGCAAAUGAUUCAGAUGAUAGAUCAGCAUUGGUUAGUUCAAGAAAGAUAAUACUACCUGACCAAAGUGAGCAAAUUGAGCCUCAGUUGGAUUUAGUUACUUAUAAAAAUGAAUUAACUAUUUUGUCAGAUAUUUAUAUCCUUAUAUUAAAGAACCACAUGGUGUUAAACAUUACUGGAGAAAUAUAUUUUUUGACAUAUUUGUUAGUCAGUAAACAAUACAUUUCAGAUCAAGUUGAUGAUUCACAUGUAGGAAUAGAUUUUUUAAGUGAAGAUGUAAAACAUGAAUUAACAUCAAAAAGCAGGGUGAUAAGUUGUUCUGACUAUUUUGAAAAUGUUCACAAUGUUUUAUAUUUUGCUGUUAGAUGUUUAGAAUCACAGUUUGAUGUACUAAAAUAUUAUGAUAAAACAACACUAAAAAUGUUAUCUUUUAAUAAAAGAAUUAAAGAGUUUUCCAUCAAAUUUUCUGAGAAACUAAGAAAGUGUGCGGAGAAAAAAUUAGAUAGGAUUGUUGAAAUAUUUGAAGGCAGAUCCAAUGUUGGAUACAAUCUGGAUACUGAUAGUAAAGAUAACUUCCCUAAUGAUGUUAGCUUUUUAUCAUUCAGGAAGCAAAGGGAUUUAUUUUAUGACAUUCUUAGGAUAUGGGAGAAGAACCAUCAUGUUGCUGGAUGGAACUUUCAAAUAGGAGUAGGGGGAAAAAUUAAAACUUUGUUGGGAUUACAAGCUGAUCCCACAAAUUUUAUGCACUUUUGCCGAUUAUUUAAGGCACAGUUGUUGAGUUCAUGUGGAUUUUCAGUAAUGGAAGAAGGUCAAUCGGAAGAAGAUCAAUUUCCAAUUAACUUUCCCAGUGUAGACCCCAACAAACUAAGCAAAUUAAAAAACAGGUUAACUACCAAACAAUCAUCUAAUGGAUUGAAUUCACCUCCCCACUUUAGUGGCCAGCAAGAAUUUUACAGGGAAUUUAUUGUAGUAGCCGCCAACCAUUCCUUUAAUGUUCAUUUGCAAGAUACAUUUGUCAGUGAGAUUGUGGAAUUGAAUAAAAAAAAUUUUGAUGGCUUGGAAGAGUCAGAUGAUGAUGUUGAUGCUUCCACCAGGAAAUCAUAUGAUAUGAAUAUCCGACAAUUGAGAGUACUAGCAAAGUUUUUGGGAUUUAUUGAAAGUAUGCCAUACAAGUCAGAAGUUAAUAGCUAUCCUGAAAAUUUAUCAACUUCAUUAGUUACCAUCAGAGAAAAGAAAACUCCGGUUUUGGAUGUAAAGCAAAUUCUUCUCUCUUCCAUAGUAAGUAACACCGUCGUUCUCACUGUACCUUGGCUUGUAAAAUACGUAUCAAUGUUGGACUACAUUACCCUCCGUCUUCCUUAUUUCCUCUCAUUGUAUGAAAUUUUGUUUCAAAUUUACCAUUCCUACGAAAAACCAUCACCUACCAUCGAUUACAAUAACGCCUUGAUUAAAUUCUGCUUGGGUUGGCUAUUUGACUUACCACAUUUUCCCGACACUGAGUAUUCCAAGUUUUGCUUGAGCAAGAAUUCCCAUUUCGUAAGGAAAAAUCACACUUUGGACGGUAUUUCUAUAGUGGAUCAGAAUGUGUUGUAUUUUUGCUGUCCUUACUUGGAAGAGAUUAAGAAAAUUCUGAACAAUACUUUCGAAAAUAAUCGUACCUUAGCUGCUAAGCAUAUUACUCCAGUAACUGCUGUAGAAUCUUCAGAACAAAUUUCCAAGAAGAAAUUAGAACAACAGAUAGAAGAAGCAUUUUUUAACGGUCAACCAGAAUCUUUAAGAAAAACCAUAGAAUUCGUCAGUGAACGAUUAGCGUCAGCAUGUGUUAAGCAUAUGUGUAAUACCAUCGUUCCCCCUUUCAAAAAAGACGCUUCUUUGUACAUUAAGGAAUAUUUGGACACUCAAAAGCGAGAGAUUCAAUUAAUGUCGCCUGGACGGGAGAGAAACCAGAAGACUGUUCUCAAAAUGAAAAUAUGUCAAUUGGCCCAGGAUUAUCUGAAUAAGCUGCUCCAAAAAUGUUUCUCGGAGUUAUCAAAUAUCCUUAGUGAACGAACGCCGGUAACCGUAGAAAAUCUUCUAGCUCUAGACACUCUACAGCAAACCAAAACAACAUGUAUAUCGAUAGCGGCCAGGAUGUGUAAGGAUAGGCUAAAGCAGUGGAUCGGAUCUCACAUGACAGUUAAUAUAUUUUUAAAAGAUUUCGAAAAGGAACUGCAUAAAAUGUGGUUAAACGAAAAUAAAAAACCGGUAGAAGAAAAAUUAGUUUUUGCAUUGCCCUCUAACGGUAGGACUGUCGACCAUUACGAACAUUCUUUGAGUGCAUUUCACGUAUUAGAAAACAUUAAGAUCUUAUCAGUUGAUAUAUUGGAGAAACCUAAUUAUGUUAAAAAAGACGUUGUAACUCAUAUUGUGAUAGAGUCUUACAGAACACUAACAUCUAGAUGUGAUGUUAACGAUGUUAUAACCGUUUGCAUUUGCAAUUCUCUUUUAGAUCUCGCCCUAUUAUUAAUUACCCAUAGGCCAGACAUUAUGUCUGAUGACAACUUGACUCCAAACUUUACGAAAGUUUGGCAAUGGUAUUCUACCUUCAAAAACGACUUGUUCAGUGAUAUACUGUCACCGAAAAACGUUACCUUAAUGAAUCAAUGCAAGGAUCAUGAAAGAGUCUGGAAAGAUUUUGCUAGAUUCGUAUCUUUUCUUAUCAAAGAAAAUGUUAUGAUGUGUGAUAAGUUCGAAACGCAGUGUACUGCAUUUUUUAGAAAAGAACGGGAACAGGUUCUUCUAAAAAAUGUUUGUUAUUGUAUAAAACAUUUUGUCGAGUUUCACAAAGAGAACGGAGGAGAUUUUAAAAAGUUUAUAAUGUUGGAUUUUUUAGCCGAUUUUUGCAAGGAUCUUUGAACAAAAAAUGUGUAUAUGUUUUUAUUCGUUGUAAUUAAUUAUUUAUUUAGUGUGUUAUUUUUAAUUAAAUAAGAAUAAAGAUUAAUAAACAUU